AAAAAGUGGGUAGUAAAUGGAGGAUGGACGGAGUCUGCUUAUGUCAUUUCAGACACAUCGAAGUAGCUAUACAGUAGUUGGGAAGAGGGCUGUGCACUGUGAAGGAAAGAGUUUGAAGGCUCCCGGGAACAACUGCUAUACCUGUAUUAGAGUGAGUUGGACUAUCAUCUGCAAAAUGUGGGACAUAUUGAGCUUUGCCGUCUGAUGCCAUUGCUAGAUAAAGUUUAUUUCUCAGAAGGAUGGGGCCUGUUGAAGGAAGCUUCAGCCAGUGAUUGGAUAUGUUUUCUCUAGUAGAGUCAUAGAACAAGCCACAACACGGUCUACAGAGGGUCUUGACAUCAUGGAUCAGGUGGAAGAUAAGACUUCUGUGUUUUCAGACGAGAGUGAUGUGGAAGUGGAUCUAAGACGAUCAUCUAAAGGCCAAAUAGAAAACAGAAGAACAUCAAGAUGGAAGAAUGGUCAGUGUGUGCUAGCAGUACCCACCUCCUCCAUGCUGAACCCCAGUUUUGAUUUGUCGGUCUGCAGGGCGCUGUUGGAGAGGGAAGGCUUCCAGAUUCCUGUAGCAGAAUUCGAGGACCCUCUGGAAAUAGCAUUGGAUGUUCCCUCUGUCAGGAGAUACCUUUUGUUCAACUCCUCCCUUUUCCACUUCAUCAUGGCACCGAUUAUAUACAUAGUGAUAUGGUGUGCCGGAUUCUCGACUCUUCACCUCUACCUCUUCGUUACUGAAUACUGGUUGCUAUGCCUCUCUGUCAGUCUGGUCUCUAUCUUUCUCACCACAGCCAUCCUCGUCAUCCUUAACUACAGUAACAAGGAGAUAAACAUGAACAUAGAUGUGCGACUCAUUCAGGUGAAUGAGAGGCUGAGCAGACACAAGCUGUUAGUGGGUGUGGCUGAUUGGGUGCAGAACUGCACUGGAACACUGCAGCUAUUCAUUGUGUACUGGGACAUAGCCCACUGUGUGAAGGCACUGACUGAAACUCUAGAGGAGAGGAGCUUUGCUGGAGAUGCGGCUCAGAAGAGACUCAAAAAGAGAAUGUCCCACCUUAUCUUGGUCGCAGAGGCCAUGACCUUCGAACCUGUUGUGUUGGGGUCAAGUGUUAAUGAAGGUUCGGAUGAGGAAAGGCCCUUGUUGGUGAACAAUGAAGAGACUGCGGGCAGUACCACAACCAGCCAGAGGGAGGAUACCAAACUCACUACUAACUACAAUCUGGUACCAGAUCAAAUAUUACCAGUAGAGACCAAAGCACUCCAACUUUUACUGACAUAUGGUGCUGUGUAUGUCAAGCUGUUAAUGUCUGAAAAGCUGCCGAACUGCACCCAACACCUACGACUGAGAAGGAAUCACUGCACCGCUGCCUCCCUGUGCCUCUGUCAGUACGUCGGAACUAAGGUUUUACAAUCAUAGGGCUGGAACACAGAAAAGCUCAUUUAUUUCAUUAUAAACGUGUUGCUGUAGAAAAUGUUAUAAUAGAACUGAUAAUGUAAAGAUUAAUGUAUAAAACAUUAUUUUGUGUAAAUUACAAUUGAACUGUAGAAAAUAAAUAUUUCUUAUUUUA